AUGCUAACCUGGCUGGUAUUCAUUGCGUCGGCGCUGCUAGCGGCGGCGGCGGCGGCAGCUACGCCGACGACGAUAGGGCUGCCGAACUGCACCACCACCUGCGGCAACGUGAGCGUGCCGUACCCUUUCGGCAUCGACCCUGCCGCCGGCUGCUACAUGCCGGGGUUCAACCUUACCUGCGACGCCACCACCAGCAAUCCGCCGCGGUUGCUGCUCGGCGACGGCACCCUCCAAGUCGUCGACAUCUCCGUCAAGAACUCCACGGUGCGCGUCAUACGCACCGGGGACAUGGCCGGCGGCAGAGGCACCUUCGGCGGCGGACUCAGGCACGAAGGGCCCUACACACUGUCCAUUAGCAAGAACGAGUUCAUCGUGACGGGCUGCAACGCCAUGGCCACGCUGCAGGAGAGGAACGUGAGCAGCAUCAUCAUGAGCGGGUGCGCCUCCUUCUGCGCCGACACGAACACGAGCAACGGCUUCUUCAACGGGGACCCCGGCGAAAAGUACUGCCAGGGAAUGAGGUGCUGCCAGGUGCCGAUUGACAGCCCCGGCGACGACGACUACGGAACCGCCGCGCCGGGGAGUCUCGACUACAGCGUGGAGCUGACCUGGUUUGGCCGGAACCGAACCCUCGACGAGUUGUGGCAGCGGACGCACGUGUUCGUCGCGGCACAGGGAUGGUUCGAUGAGGUCGGCCACUGGGUCUGGAUGGACGACGAAGGCGGCCCCGCGCCGCAGGUGAAGGAUGCCGAUAUGGCGGUUCCCGUUGUUCUCGACUUCCAGGUCGUUAGACCUGGCGUGAAUUGCUCCUUGUACCCAUCAGAGUGCCCUGUGGAGGCCUCCCGCAGCAUCUGCAAGAGCAGCCACAGCGAGUGCACUACCGUCAGGUGCAGAGGCUAUACGUGCAACUGCACCAUGGGGUACGAGGGCAAUGCCUACAUCGCCGAUGGAUGCCAAGAUGUCAAUGAGUGCAACAGCCAAGGACAAGACACCCUAUGCUUCGGCGACUGUACUAAUACAGAAGGAUCAUUCGACUGCCGGUGCCCACAAGGAAGCCAUGGUGAUCCGAUGAUACCAGGUGGCUGCAUCAAGUCUGUUAAUAUAGGUUUAAUCAUUGGUCUAUCUGUAGCUAUUGGCCCCGGGUUUCUACUUACAGUUUUUGGUACUAUCUUGAUAAACCGUAAACUUAAGCAUAGCAGAGUGAAAAGAUUGAAGCGCAGGUUCUUCAUCCAAAAUCGUGGACAACUCUUGCAGCAACUUGUAGCUCACAGGACAGGCAUAGCGGAGAAGAUGAUCAUUCCUCUGGAAGAGCUAGAGAAGGCAACAAACAAUUUCAAUCGUACUCGUCAGGUUGGUGUUGGUGGUCAUGGAAUUGUCUACAAAGGAAUCUUAUCGGACUUACAUGUUGUAGCCAUCAAGAGGUCAAAGAUUGUGCUCCAAAGAGAAAUUGAUGAGUUUAUAAAUGAGGUAGCCAUCCUCUCGCAGAUCAACCAUAAGAAUGUUGUCAAGCUUUAUGGGUGUUGUCUAGAGACAGAAGUUCCUCUACUUGCAUACGAGUUCAUUUCCAAUGGAACCCUUAGCGACCACCUUCACGGAGAAUCAUCUCGAUCAAUACCCUGGAAAGACAGAUUAAGGAUUGCAAGUGAAGUAGGCAAAGCUAUUUCUUAUCUUCACUCUGCUGUUUUGAUUCCUAUAUUGCAUAGAGAUAUCAAAUCUUCCAACAUACUUCUUGAUGAUGCCUUGACAGCAAAGGUAUCUGACUUUGGCACUUCAAGGUACAUUCCUAUGGAUCAUACAGGAAUAACAACGACUGCUGUGCAAGGAACUAGAGGAUAUUUGGAUCCCAUGUAUUGUUACACGGGACGGCUAUCUGAAAAAAGUGAUGUUUAUAGCUUUGGAGUCCUUCUAAUCGAGAUGCUUACUAGAAAGAUUCCAAACAUGUGUGAGAAUGAAGGGCUAGUCUCAAAAUUUGUUGAAUUAAUUUCAGAAGGAAAAAUGCUUCAAAUACUAGAUCCGCAGGUUGUGAAGGAGGGAGGCGGUGAAGUGGAAGAAGUGGUGGCUUUAACCGUGACAUGCAUAAAACUGAGAGAAGAGGAAAGACCAACAAUGAGGCAAGUGGAGAUGACACUUGAAGGUCUUCAAGCUACCAACGGGCGCAUUAUGGUUGACUUGGGAGAAAAAAACAGUGCGGAUCAUUAUGUUACAAUGAGCUAUCUAGCAACAAGAAGAAGUACAAGCUUGCAGGAUGUGAGGCAGCGGUAUUGUCCACAAGUAGAUUUCUCGACGCCCGUAAGAUACACUAGUUAG